GUGACAAGCUGUCCAGGAGCAGAGCCUGUAUGCCGAUUCGCAAUAUCAAUGAACGGUGCUAAACUGAAGACUGAAAGGUCCUGCAGCACAUACAGAAAAUGUGUUGAAGCAAUGAGAAACAAUAACAUUACAUGCAAUAAACGGACGAAUAGCACGGCUUGUACUGGUUGUUGUGUCGGACACUUAUGUAACAAGAAUGAUUUCAUUGAUUACUCGUUAUAUCAACAGAAUUUACAGUGUCAAACAUGUUCAGGAAUUAUCUGCAAUAAAUCGGAAAUGACAAGCUGUCCAGGAGCAGAGCCAGUAUGCCGAUUCGCAAUAUCAGUGAACGGUGCUAAACUGAAGACUGAAAGGUCCUGCAGCACAUACAGAAAAUGUGUUGAAGCUAUGAGAAACAAUAACAUUGCAUGCAAUAAACGGACGAAUAGCACGUCUUGUACUGGUUGUUGCGUCGGACACUUAUGUAACAAGAAUGAUUUCAUUGGCUGGACCAAAUCCUUCGUAUUUCGUUUGAUUUUUAAAAAGUUCAACGGAUAUAAAAUCCCUGCUGAGAACAUAUCAAGAGCCAUGGAGCAUGACCUUUCAACCGUGACGGGAACAUUUAGAGUUGAAGACUGUGGCUCGAACAGAAUUAAAAUAUUUGCUAUUUACUGUACAGUAUUUAGCGAAAUGACUGAAAGUCAACUGCGGCGCAAUAUCUCCCAAGUUUUGAACAAAUCCCAGGAAUUGCAUAACUUAGGAGUUCCGCAAAGUCACAUGACGUUCAUUGACGAAAUGGUUUGUGAUGAAAGCACAACAUCAACUAACAAUGGAACUUUCUCUUGGCCAAUGACAAAAAUAGGAACUACUGCAGAGAUCCCAUGUCAUGGAAAUGUAGCCACAAGGCAUUGUUCUUCCAGAACGAUGGGGCAUCCAGAAAUGGCAUCAAGUCAAAACAUGUCAUCACAAAAGUGUUCACCGUUUACUGGUAUCUGGCAAGAACCAGACAUGUCUCAAUGUUGCAAUGCAGAACAGACCACUCAAGGACUAAAGGAUAUCGAAAGCAAAGGCAUUGAUGUUGGCCGGACCAAAUCCUUCGUAUUUCGUUUGAUUUUAAAGAUGAUCAACGAACGUAAAAUCCCUGCUGAGAACGUAUCAAGUGCCAUGGAGCAUGAGUUUUUGACCGUGACUGGAAAAUUCAGAGUUGAAUAUCCUGGUGUUCAAAGUGAACUGCGGCGCAAUAUCUCCCAAGUUUUGAACAAAUCUCAGGCAUUGCUUAACAUAGGAAUUCAGAAACUUCACUUGAAAUUGCUUGAUGAAAGUUCAAGUACUGGUAAUGGAACAGAGGAUAGAACAGCAGAAACAAACUUUUGAAUGAAAAUCGAAAAAGAGCCUCCAAGAAUCGUCUUUGAUGAUAUUUUAUGCUAUAAAACGAUAUGUUCUUCAUAUAUAAUA